GUGGUGCAUGCUGGGUAAUACUUAGAAAUAGAGCAGGAUCUAUAGCUCACACUUUCACACUCACACAGACAUAGAGAGCGGGAUUUGAGCGGGUCUCCCGUGACGCCGGUGCGCGGGAUGCGCUCGUGACGAUGGGACUCUUCACUCCGGUCUCGUGAGGUGUGAGCUCUCGGCUGUGUUUCUGCUCAAGGCCCCAUGGAGCCUGACGUGAUACACAUGUACUCCUCCUCUCCGCCCCCGAUGGAGGAUGGCAUCGAGGACGAGGACGAGGAUUUCAGCGACUUCACCGGUGUCCCGAACAGCACCAGCUUUUCUGAGUUCGACACUCCAACCACAUUCAACCAGUCUCAGGCUUUGAACGCCACUUCGCCGCCGGAGUUGCUGAGCAACGGAAGGAUCGUGGGGCUGUCCGCUCAACCCGCAGGGUCUACGAAAGCCAACGGCAUGACCCCUGGCUCCAGCCAGACCUCCACACCCAAUGGCAGAACAGUUAGCGUAGAGGAACUCAAAAAGUUCAGUGAGCACCAAGCUCACAUCGCAUCCCUGGAGUUCACAACAGGCUCUCGGACUGACAGUGAUGUCAUUGACUGCAAUGGCACCGCUGAAGUGCUCACCAACGGGUUUGCAACAUUACACCAAGGUGGAAGCCCGGCCACACCACACAAAACCAACGAAUUUGAUAUCAGUCCAGAUGAUUUUGCAGAUUUCUCUGCCUUUUCUUAUGCUGAACACAACCAGCCUUCAGAGACAGACUGGGAACAUUCGAAUCAAGGAUGCAUACCGCCACAGAAUGAUGCUAGCGACAGCGUUGAAGAGCGAGGCACUAGUUUAGAAGACAAUAGCAGGGACUCGAGAAACACAGGGUUUGGGUUCUUUUCUGGAAACUCUGAAAGUCUCAGCAACGGUGACUGGGGUUUCCAUGAAGGGUCGGAUUUAGAUCGAAGGGAGCUAGAAGCUGAUACUGCUGAAGUCGUUAGCACAGUGCAACCGCUAGCCCUUAAUGGUGUCACUUUUAGUGAAACCGAUGAGAACAGGGGGUCGCCCGACUCUAUUGGGGAUAAGUCUAGUGGCAAGCAAUCAGAUGAGAAAGGCUCAGAGAAUGAGACUUUAGAAAUGGAGACGGAAACGGAGACUUCCUUUGGUCGGCCGCUAUCAACAGACGCGCUCGAAGAAUUCGGCGACUUUAGCAUGACAGGAUCUGUACCCUCGCCUCCGCUUCAGGAGGAGACGGCCACUCCGGCCGACCACAGCCAGCUGGCCGAGGAUGACUAUGAGGAUUUUGGAGAUUUUGGUGACUUUGGAGAUGCCAGCUCGUUUAGCGCGACUGGAUUUGCUGAUUUUGACCAGAGUACCCCUCCGGGGGCAGAGGAUGAUGAAUUUGGUGAUUUUGACACAUCAAAAGAACCUAGUAAAACAGAGUUGGAGGGUGAGGAGGCAACAACGUUUGCGGAUUUUCCUGGAAGUGACAGUUUCGCAGAUUUUAGCUCUGCGCAGGUGGGCGAUAACGAAGGAUGGCAGGCCUUCUCUGAGCCGGAUCAGAGCCAGAAGGAAGGAGAAUCGUGGGCAAUGUUUGAUGCAUCGGCUACAGAAGAAAACAGAGAUGAUUGGCAGGAAAGCCAACCGGUUACAGCACCCCCUACUGCUGCGGAGGAGCACAAAAGUUGUACAAUGUCUGCACUGCUCAGCCGUUUGGAGAAGCUUUUCCAGGCCAGUUUCGAGCUGGUGGUCGCCCCUCCGGUGGAGGAACAGGUGACCACGCUCGACACCUUCCUCAAACCUCCUGACAACUCACAACAGGAAGAAGCUGACAGAGGGCCGACCAAUGGGGCACUGCGGGACGUAUGGCAGCAGUUGCAGGAUGUUCAUAAUGCCUACGGCCUCCGGUACCAGUGGGGCGGCUCUCACACCAAUAAAGCACUGCUCUGCUCGCUUGGUAUCGACACCAGAAACAUCCUGUUCACGGGCCAGAAAAAGCAGCCUGUAAUUGUGCCAAUGUAUGCUGCCAGUCUGGGGAUGCUGGAACCCACGAAAGAGCCGGUGAAGCCGGUCUCCGCCGCUGAAAUGAUCGCCUCAAUCGCAAAAUCUCCUUCAGUCUCCACGGAGCUGAACACCUGUCCACCUGACACUGCCCAGGAGUCUCUUCCUCCCGUUCAGUUUGACUGGAGCAGCAGUGGCCUUACAAACCCUCUGGACGCGAGUGGAGGCUCCUCUCUGCUCAACCUCGAUUUUUUCGGCCCUGUGGACGAGUCGCCCUCCGGCACGGCCACAUCCAUACCAGGUGUGGACCCGGAGCUGUACGAGUUGACCCAGGCGAAGCUGGACGUCAGCGGAGGCAGCAGUAGAGUCGUGGAUGCGUUCGCUCGCCUCAUGUCCACCGUGGAGAAGACCAGCACCUCCACCAGCAGAAAGCCUGUGCAGAAGGAGGAGAAUCUGAGUGAAGAGGCUCGGCGAGUGAUCUCAGGUCUGCCGGAUCUGUCCUUCAUGCAGGCUAAAGUCCUCAUGUUCCCCUCCACACUGACUCCUCUCCUCCCCUCCUCCUCCUCGCCCUGUCCCACGCCCGACUGAUGCGGUCCUCUCCUCCUGCCGUUUCACCUCUCUUUCUCUGUGUAACGCUCUCCAGCUUUUCACGAAACGGACAGUAAUGAUUUUAAUUUCAUCCUUUUGGUUGUCUAGUUCCUGUGUGUCAUGUUCCCGGGCGUUUUUAAGUUAAAAAACAUUGUCUACAUUAGAGAGAGUGGAUAAGAUAAUCGACUAAUGAUUGAUCGCUUUAGAGGAGAAAAGACUAGUUAAUUUUAUUAGUAGGAUGAGAGUAGAAAAAGAGUUUGUGUUUAUAUUAGAGCCAAUCUGUAUAUAAUCAGGGAUGAUUUCCUUUCGAGUAUUCUUCACAGUUAAGAUAGUCUGUAUGAGGGAGAACGAGGCACUUUGUUAUUUUCAGGUCGUUUGUUUUUAUGAAACACUGGCUUAAACGUCCUUCAAUGGCACAAAUGAUGAUGUGAAUGAUCUGAUUUGUAUGUAGAUACAUAAAUGCGUAGUUAUAUCGACUUGAAACCAAACCGCCUGCAAAACUUUCUUUUAGAUUUUGAGUAACAAAGGCCUUAGUUUUUUAUCAUUUUGGCUAUUACAAUCAAUAUUGUUAUUACUUGUAGGUUUUAGGUUAUUUGAUUUCGCACAGGCGCACAUUAGUGAACACUUUAUCAUUUUGUUGUGCAAAUAGUUUAACAAUUAACUCGCUUUCCAUACUGACAGACAGCAACUAUAGAAACCACAUCUCUGCAUUCGCUGCUCUUGUUUUUCAGUUGUCAUUUUUUUAUUAUUGUUUUUUUAAUGUAGGUUGAAACCACUGGCUUUGAACUAUAUUGUAGUGAAGGAAUUGUUGAAUGAAUGAUCAACUUGAAUAUAUAAAUAUAUGUAUCAAGAAUAAGGGACCAAUAUCUGCUGUAUCGGUUUGCUCAUUUACCUGUUAUCAUUGUGUUUUGGUCAUUCUGUAUCAGUGUUUUAUUUACUCUGAUAAAUCUUAAGUGACUCUUU